AUGACGGCUCCCGCUGGCUUUCACUUGGUCCCGUCGCACGUCGACGCGGAUGUGCCUCUGCGCGACCAGGAGGUGCACCUCGUCCUCCCCAACCAUGCAAACGCCGAACACCGCUACGACCUCGAAGCCAUCCAAGCCUUCCAGAGCGCAGCCAACUAUCUCGCCGUGGCGCAGAUCUAUCUGCUCGACAACGUGCUGCUCCACAAGCCCCUCGAUUACGAAGCUCACGUCAAGAAGCGGCUUCUCGGUCAUUUUGGUACCGUACCCGGACUCGUGUUUGCCUAUGCGCAUGCUACCGCUCUGCUCGCGCGCAUCGAAAAGAAAGCCACUGCGGCAGGCGACGAGUACCAGCCCAGGGGCAUUUUCGUCACGGGCCCGGGACAUGGCGCACCCGCGGUGCUGGCGUGCCUGUAUCUGGAGGGCUCCAUCUCCAAGUUCUCGCCAGACGAGUCGCUGAGUGCAGCGGGUGUGCAGAGGUUCGUCAAGAGCUUUUGCUGGCCCAACUCGAUGCGCCCGAGCCAUGUGACAGCCACGACGCCCGGCUCGAUCCACGAAGGCGGAGAGCUUGGCUACGCGCUCGGAGUCGCCUACGGAGCUGUGAUGGACAAGCCCGACCUGAUCGCAUUUGCAGUCAUUGGCGACGGCGAGGCAGAGACCGGACCGACGGCAACGGCGUGGCAUGCGCACAAGUUCAUCGACCCCGCCGAGUCGGGUGCUGUCCUGCCGAUCCUGCAUCUGAACCGGUUCAAGAUCAGCGAAAAGACGAUCUUUGGCGCAAUGGACCGCGAAGAGCUGCUGGCGCUCUUUACGGGCUAUGGCUACCAGGUGCGCUUCGUCGACUACUAUCAGCAUCUCGGAGGCAGGCACACGAGGCCGGGAGAGCGAGAGGUGGCCGCGUUCGAUGUCGACAUGGCCGCCAGCCUCGGUUGGGCCUACGACGAGAUUCGCAAGAUCCAAAAGGCAGCAAGGAACGCCGAGCCCAUGCACAAGCCGCGCUGGCCCAUGAUCAUCUUGUCGUCGCCCAAGGGGUGGGGUGGGCCGCAGACCGUCGAUGGGCUACAGGUCGAGGGCUCGUUCCGCAGCCACCAGGUGCCGCUGCACGUGGAUGCGCACUCGCCUCCGGAUCAUCUCAAGAAGCUCGAGGAAUGGCUGAGGUCGUACCAGCCCCAGAUGUGGCUCACACUCGCUGGUCAAGGUGCCGAUCGGCUCGAGAUCAGCUCCGUGGUCUCACGCAUGCUUCCGAGCGAGUCGCUGCGCUUGGGGCAGCUGCGCGAGCUGGCGCAACGCAGCCCCAACCUUGUCGAUGUGGGCACGACCGGCUUUAUGGUCGAAUCGGAGACCUCGGCUGCGGGUGACAAGGUGCAGGUCUCGGCGAUGCAGCAGUGCGGUGCGUACCUGGCUGCGCUCAUUCCGCUCAACCCGGACCGGCUGCUCAUCUUUUCCCCGGACGAGCUGGUUUCGAACAAGCUCGAUGCUGCGCUGUCGCUCGCCGGCUUCAAGGGGCGCAAGUUUGAGCACGUAUUCGAGAGCCAGGUCACGGGUCUGGAGCGGCGCGAAGGCAUGCGAUCCGGACGCGUGAUCGAGAUGCUCAGCGAGCACACGCUGCAGGGUUUUGCGCAGGGCUACGCGCUCACGGGUCGCAUCGGUGUAUUUCCGAGCUACGAAGCCUUUCUCGGCAUUGUGACGACGAUGAUCAGCCAGUUUGCCAAGUUUGUCAAGGAGGCGCGCGCGACGGGAUGGCGACCGCCCGUGCCGUCGAUCACGUACCUCGAGACGUCGACGCUGUGGCGUCAGGAGAGCAAUGGAUUCAGCCACCAGUCGCCCGGGCUCAUCAAUGCGGUGUUGGACCUGCCGCACAAUGUGGCGCGCGUCUAUCUGCCACCGGAUGCCAACUGUGCGCUGUCGACGCUGUCGCACUGCGUGCGCAGCCGCAACUAUGUGAAUCUGGUGGUGGGCAGCAAGCAUCCAAACCGCGUCUUUUUGGCCGAGGACGAGGCGAAUAGGCACUGCAAGGCGGGCGCUAGCAUCUGGCACGCCUACUCGACCGACAAGGGCAGAGAUCCGGAUGUGGUGAUUGUCGGCAUUGGCACCGAGACCACGGCUGAAGCCCUUGCGGCGACGGAAUUGCUCGAGCGUCUUGCAGGGGAGGAGAGCGUCAGGGUGAGGUUCGUCAAUGUGACGGAUCUGAUGAUUCUCAGCGAGGGGUCGGUGCAUCCGCAUGCGCUGAGCGAAUCGUCUUUCCUGGACCUCUUUACGGACACCGCGCCCGUGCUGUUCAACUUCCACGGAUAUCCCACGGCGGUCAAGGGGCUGCUGGGCGAUCGACUGUCGGACGAGCAGGGUCGAAGGCCGACUGCGGUUCUGGGGUAUAGGGAGGAGGGAACCACGACGACGCCGUUCAGUAUGCUCAUGCUCAACGGCGUCGACCGCUUCACUGUCGCGCUCACGGCAAUCGGCCUCGUCGAACAAGACUGCGGGUUGAAGAAAGCCUGGCGCCGCGACGAGGCCCGACUGCAGCGCAUGGUCGAGAGCGACGAGUGGGACGAGCUCGUGACGAGCCUGCAGGAGACGAGGCAAAAGUGGCAGACGUAUAUCGACGAGCACGGUUGCGACCCGCCCGAGCUGGAUGUGUGA